AUGGCUUACGCUUAUCUUUUUAAAUACAUCAUUAUUGGCGAUACAGGCGUCGGGAAAUCAUGUUUAUUACUUCAAUUUACCGAUAAACGUUUUCAACCUGUACAUGAUUUAACUAUCGGUGUGGAGUUCGGUGCACGAAUGAUCACGAUCGAUGGUAAACAAAUCAAAUUACAAAUUUGGGACACUGCUGGACAAGAAAGUUUCCGUUCGAUCACACGCUCAUACUACCGUGGCGCCGCUGGCGCUCUACUUGUCUAUGACAUAACACAACGGCAUACGUUCAACCAUCUGACGAGUUGGCUGGAAGAUGCUCGACAACAUUCGAAUUCGAAUAUGGUUAUUAUGUUAAUUGGAAAUAAAUGUGAUCUUUUCGCACGUCGCGAAGUACAGAAAGAAGAAGGCGAAGCGUUCGCACGUGAACAUGGAUUGAUUUUUAUGGAAACAUCAGCUAAGACAGCUGCUAAUGUUGAAGAGGCGUUUAUUAAUACAGCUCGAGAAAUUUACACUAAGAUUCAAGAAGGUGUUUUCGAUCCGACAAAUGAAGUCAACGGUAUUAAGAUUGGUCCUCAAAAUAGCAAUUCAGGAACUGCAGCAAAUCGUCCGAGUACUAACGCCAAUGAGAAGUCAGGUUGCUGUUAA